AGUCUGGAGAAGUAUUCAGGACCGCUUUCUUCUCGUCUUUAAACGCAUCGGGAAGGAACUGCGUGCCCUUGUGUCAGUGAUUGACGUGAGGAAAGUUUAUUCUGUUUUUUUUAGGAUCGACAGCAGCAUUAGACCAGGCUAUUCAUUCUGACUAGUGCACGGAUUCUACCUUCAAUACCGGACCACGACUGAGGAUUUAAACUUUUUUAAAUGUAUUUAAAUAUGUAGAAGAAGACUGCUGGCAGACAACCGGUCCUAAACGGCACUAUUCCUUUUAAACCAUCUGUACUUUUGUCUGGAAUAGAAAAGUGUAGUUUGAAAGCCUUGCUAAUCUAUGCUGAACUCAUCCCGUCCGUGAAAAUAUGAAAUAUAAAUAAUGUUUAACAUUGCUACAGAUGGGGAAACGUCCAGGCCAUUCUCUAAGAAUUUAGAAGACUUUGAUUCCAUACGCAGUGUGCUUCUAUACAGCGACCUAGAGCCAGAAUGGCUGGACGACGUCCAGAAGAACGGCGAGCUCUUCUACCUGGAACUGAGCGAGGGCGAGGAAGCGGCGGCAUUGGCUCAAGUAGCCGCCAAUCACGGCCUCUCCACCAAUCACGUCCGCUUCAGCGAGAAGGAAGCGGAGAUCAUCAGCGACGAGUCCAGGAAGCUUCCUGAUGGUGCUCCGACCAAAGGAGAGCCCAAGCUAAAAAGACUGGCUAGGAUCCUUAGGAGGAAGCGGCGACCAUCCCAGAGCAGAGGACCCGACGGAGGAGGCGAAGACUCGUCAUCUCGUCCAGUAUCCAUCUUGAAAAACCAGGCGGGGCAGAGGGUGGGGGUGAUGGUCCAGCAGCUGAAGGAAGUGUUUCUCUACCUGAACCCCAAACGCCUGGGGAGCUGCUCCCCUCCUCCCCCGGAGAGAGGGGGUCUACUGGAGGCACUUCUGGGGGUGGUGCAUCGCCCGUCCUGGGGCAGGGGCCAGGGAGACCCCACGGAGAGGAGGGAGGAGAGGAUCACUGUCCACGGCCUGGUGCCCAACAGCCCGGCCAUCAAGUGUGCACAGAUACUGAUAGGUGAUAACCUGGUAGCAGUAGACGAUGUGGAUGUUACCACAGAGAACAUCGAGAGGGUUCUGUCCUGCAUUCCUGGUCCUACCCAGGUGAAGCUGACCCUGGAGACAGCCAGUCCAGGAGGACCAGGGGAGGGAGGUGUGGACAUGUCCUCUGCUCCCAGGCUCAGGCCCUCUCCUUCGGUUAGCCAGCUGGUGCGUCUGCUGUGGGGCGAGGACACGGUGGAGCUCCAGAUGUCUAUAGGACACAUCCCUCACAUUGUCAUGUACCUGUCACUCAAACUGGACUCAGACUCCCCCCUGGAAGAGGAGAUCCUGUACCAGUACCCAGUGUCUGAGGCGUCCAGCCAGCUGAAGGGAGUCAGAGGGAUCUUUCUCACUCUGUCUGACAUGCUGGAGAAUGUCACUGGAGGACAGAUAGUCAGCUCCUCCCUUCUCCUCAGUAAACAGCUGGUCCAUGUGGGCUACUGGAAGGAGAGCAACAACCUGCUGGUGAUCGCCCUGCCUGCUGAGAGGGUUCCUCUGUUGUAUCUGCAGACGGUAGUGGGAGGUGCAGUGAGGACUCUCAAGGUGAUGCACGGCUCUCUGGACAGUGCAUUCUGCGAGGCGGACCAUGCCCCCAGGCUGGACCAUUUCUUCUGCCUGUUCUUCCAGCAGCUCAUCCAGCCUUCCCGGUUGAGUGACAGCUCCGGGGCCACGCCCCCUGACCUAUCGGAGACUCUCUUCCUGGACGGACUGCCAGCGGUCCGGUGGCUCCCUCUGCCCCCUGAGAUAAAGAUGCAGGUGGACACCGUUCUCUCAGACUUUGAAUCAUCAGAUUUCGGAGAAAUGUCAGAGGACUUCUAUGGCGUGAGGCGUCUCUACGUGACACUGGGUUCCUGUCUGUUCUACAAGGGCUAUCUGAUAGCGAACCACCUCCCCARGGAGGACCUGCUUGACGUCUCUCUCUACUGCCAGCACUACUGYCUCCUCCCCCUGGCCUCAGAGCAGCGCGUGGGCCAGCUGGUUAUCUGGAGGGAGGUGUUCCCUCACCACCGCUCACAGAUCCACCAGACCAAGAAGUACCAGAACAAGACCAAUAACAACCACUGUACCAUGCCUGGCUACUGCCAGCCCAAGGGACGCUACUUCCUACUCAUAGUGGGACUGAGGCACUUCAUGCAGUGUGUGCUCCUGGAGGCGGGUGGCUGUGCGGCCCCUGCCACGGGGGCCCCAGGGCCCGACUGUGUGUACGUGGACCAGGUCAAGGCUACCCUCCUACAGCUGGAGGAGCUGGAUGUAGGGAUGGAGGAACGCCUGGCUGCCCCGCCUGCCCCCUGCCUCUCCUGUGCUGACUGGUUCCUCCCCUCCUUUGCCCGUGACAGGUUAGACACCCUGGCCUCCUCGUCUCCUGUCCUCUGCAAGCUGGCCGGGGGCGUGAAGCCGCCCUCCUCGGACCAGGGAGGAGGAAAGGGGGUGGGCCGGAGCCUGUUUGGAGGAGGCGCUCGGAGACCUCGCCCCAAGAGGGGUCAGUCCGACAGCGGGAGCGAGGAACAGUUGGACGGGGGUGUAGGAAGGCCGACUGGACUCAGUCCGCACUCCACCCCGGACUCGGCCCGGAAGCUGGUCGGCCAGAGAGACUCGCUGGGUUCUGGAGGAUCUGAUGGGAGUCGAGGCAGUGGGAGCAUUUUCAAGAUUCCCAGGAUGAAGCAUCCUAACCCGUUCUCCCUGGGCACCCUGAAGAAGAGUCUGACUGAGAGAGAGACAGAGAAGAAGAACAACACUAUGAAGUUGACGUCUGGGGCAGAGAACACUCUGUUCCACUAUGUGCUGAUGGAGAAGGUGCAGGGUAUCUUCAUCGCUCCUACACACAGGGAACUGUCCCAGCUCAGCGGCUCCAUCCACCCUCAGCUCAUUCGCAACUUCCACCACUGCUGCCUCUCCAUACGGGCUGCCUUCCAGCGGAGUCUGCCGCCCAGGGGCAGGCCAGGUACAGACAGACCCCAGGGGACCCAUGGGCUGGGCCCAGUGAAGGAACACGGGGUUCUGUUCCAGUGUAAACCUGAGAACUGGACCGACCAGAGGAAGCCAGCCCCCACCAUGACCUACUGGGUUAUAGGCCGGAUGCUUCUAGAACCCGUCCCUCAGGAAUUCUACGUGUGUUUCCAUGACUCCGUGGCAGAGGUUCCCGUGGAGAUGGCCUUCCGCCUGUCUUUCGGCCUGGCCUUGUGACGAGCCGUCUGCCAAUAGUCUCUUAUGAACUCUGGUAACACUACUACCUAUCGGCAGACAGUCAACAGCAGAGCACAACCCUGUUUCAUUAGGCACCAAACGGAAGAAAACAGACAGACGGGGAGUACAUAAACUCCAAUAAGAUUCACAUUUKCUAUCACAAAAUAUUUUGCUACGGUUUUCCCUAAUGAACACAACCCUGGUUUUAAAGGUUUCACAGUUGACCUCAACGCCUGCUUACUGUCGGUCGGAGAUAUUCUGGGAUCUAAGACUCCCUCUUGUGCCUUGAUUACCUGAUGGCAGGUAACAGGAAACCUCACAGACCAAGGUUGUUCUCUGUUAGCCUUGGAUCAGCUCCAGUGGAACAGCAGGACUGCGUCCAGAUAGAAAUAUGUUAUGUGGAACAAGCAUGAGGUWUAAGGAAUCACGUCAGCUCUAUUCAUGACAUUUCUAUCUGUAACAUCCCACUACGAAACAGGUUUUGGGGCGGCAGGUACCCUAGUGGUAAGAGCGUUGGGCCAGUAACCGAAAGGUUGCUGGAUCGAAUCCCCGA